UGGCACUCUCUGCUCUCUUUCCGGUCCCGGCGCUCUCGGGGAGUCACUGGCAAACCGGGUUCCAACGCCAGGCUCCGGGCACAAGUUGAGAAGGGGCUAUACGUCACGACGGAUCAAACAGCUACCGUUUGAUGCAGCUUGGCUGUCUGGAGUCCGUAGCCAAUUCCACCGUCGCCUAUUCCUCCUCCUCUCCUUUAACUUACUCCACCACCGGCACCGAGUUUGCGUCCCCCUACUUCUCCACUAACCACCAGUACACCCCGCUCCACCACCAGUCCUUCCAUUACGAGUUUCAGCACAGCCACCCGGCCGUCACCCCCGACGCCUACUCUCUGAACCCGCUGCACCAUUCGCAACAGUAUUACCAGCAGAUUCACCACGGGGAGCCCGCCGACUUUAUUAACCUGCACAAUGCGCGGGCGCUUAAGUCCUCCUGCCUGGACGAGCAGAGGCGGGAGCUGGGCUGCCUCGAUGCCUACCGCCGCCACGACCUGUCCCUCAUGAGCCACGGCUCACAGUAUGGGAUGCACCCAGAUCAAAGGCUCCUGCCAGGGCCCAGCCUGGGGCUGGCCGCCGCCGGAGCAGACGACUUGCAGGGUUCAGUGGAAGCUCAAUGUGGGAUUGUUCUCAAUGGCCAAGGUGGAGUGAUAAGAAGAGGUGGCACCUGUGUGGUCAACCCGACAGACUUGUUUUGCUCUGUGCCUGGUCGUUUGUCUCUUCUCAGCUCUACUUCCAAAUACAAGGUGACCAUUGCUGAGGUAAAGAGGCGCCUCUCCCCACCUGAGUGCCUCAAUGCUUCACUGCUGGGAGGCAUUUUGAGGAGAGCAAAAUCCAAGAAUGGGGGUCGCUGUCUGAGAGAGAAACUGGAUAGGCUUGGCUUAAACUUGCCAGCAGGAAGACGGAAAGCAGCCAACGUCACCCUUCUCACGUCCUUAGUGGAAGGGGAGGCGUUGCACUUGGCCCGAGAUUUUGGCUACACAUGUGAGACAGAGUUUCCAGCCAAAGCAGUAGGAGAGCAUCUUGCCAGACAACAUAUGGAACAAAAGGAGCAGACGGCACGGAAGAAGAUGAUCCUAGCCACCAAACAAAUUUGUAAAGAAUUCCAAGACCUCCUGAGCCAAGAUAGAUCACCACUGGGAUCCUCCAGACCCACUCCAAUUCUAGACCUUGACAUUCAGAGACACUUAACACAUUUCAGUUUGAUCACUCAUGGCUUCGGGACUCCAGCAAUAUGUGCAGCUCUAAGCACUUUCCAGACAGUCCUCAGUGAAAUGCUGAAUUACUUAGAAAAACACACUACUCACAAAAAUGGUGGAGCUGCGGAUUCUGGCCAAGGACAUACCAACUCGGAGAAAGCCCCCCUGCGGAAAACUUCUGAGGCGGCCGUCAAAGAGGGCAAAACGGAAAAGACGGACUAACUACAUCGAACAGAAUCUAUUCCAGACGCUUGAUGCCGAUAUUUUUUCUAAUAUAUAUAUCAUUGAGGGUGACUAAUCUUCAGUGGACCAAGUCUUUACUCUCCCCCAGCCCUCCAUAAAAUAAAAACAAAGGUGGAAAUGAAAAAAAAAA